AUGUCCACCCCACCUCCACCAAUCAACCAACCCUCCUCCUCCCCCACCCCCUUCUCCUUCCCGCCAGAAUACUCCUUCCCCCCCUUCUUCACCCGCCAAACCAACCUCACGACACACCACGCCCAACUAAUAAAAUGGGCCUCCCUGGUUCUGUCCUACUGCCGCUACCACCGCAUCUUCAAGCUCUCCCUCUCGGGCAACGGCACCACCACCACCAGCGAACGCGACACCACCGAACUCUUCUUCAACCGUAAGAUCAACCGCCGCCUCUCCCUCCCCGACAUCCGGGAAGUCAUCGACUUUCUCCGCAAAGACAAUCGCGCAGAGUACGUCACCUCUUCUUCCUCCUUCUCCUCCACCAACACCUCCGCCACAGGGAUGGAUGGCACGCCAGCAGCAGCAGGAGGAGGAGGAGGGGGCGACAUCGUCUGGAUCUACUGGCGCACGCCCGAGGAGUGGGCGGCGCUGGUGGAGAGCUGGGUGGAUGCCACGGGCCAGAGGGGCAGCGUGUUAACCGUGUACGAGUUGGUUGAGGGGGAUGGGACAAGGGGGACUGAGUUUCACGGUCUGGACCAGGAAUUGUUACUCAAAGCGCUGAACGUGCUGGUCAAGCGGGGCAAGGCCCAGGUGUUUGGACAGGAGGAUUCGUUAGGUGUCAAGUUCUUUUGA